AUGCAGAUCUUUGUGAAGACCCUGAUGGGCAAGACCAUCACUCUUGAGGUCAAGCUCAGUGUCACCAUUGAGAAUGUCAAAGCCAAAAUCAAAGACACUGAGGAAUCCACCCUACACUUGCUGCUUCACCUGCAGGGUAGUAUCAUCAAGUCUUCCCUCUGCCAGCUUUCCAAGAAGUACAACUGUGACAAAAUGAUCUGCUGCAAGUGUUAUGCUCACCUGCACACCACUGCUGUCAACUGCCACAAGAAGAAGUGUGGCCAAACCAACAACUUGUGCCCCAAGAAGAAGGUCAGAUACAUCCUCUCCACUGGCUCUUCUUCUGCCCACAGGGUUGCCCCCUACCUAAACCCAACCCUGGAGCCUCAGUAA